GAGGUUUGAAAAAGCCGCGGGAAAUCUGAGUUUCGCGGGAGGCAUUACGCGCGUAAAGUGUCUCCCUUCAUUCAUCGUCAGCUUCCUGGAGCCAUUUUCAGAGCUUGGGGCUGUUUUAAGGACUUUUAAAUCCUUCGCAUCUGCCACUCCCCGCGUACCAUAUCCUGUGGUGACCAAACACGCGGCCACCGGGGUCUGUCUCCUCCCUGGAUCGGGGGGUAUUUUAAUCUUUUCCAGGGAGGGCGAGCGAGUAAGAUUAAAAAUAAUUUACUGACAGAGGGAAAGAUCUUAGCGGACAGACCGUCCUAAAGUUGCAAAAUAUGCGGAAAGGAAUUCAAGCAGCUCCGGGGAGAGCCUCGGCUGGAGUUGGGGGUUCACCGGCGACAAGCGGGCUCUUUGCCGUUCUCUCCGGGCACGGUAGCCUUCAGGAACGGGCGGCGGGGAAGAGCGUCGGUGCCGGCGGCCUCGGGGUCCGGAUUUUACCGCAAGCGGCAGCCGAUGGCUUCUCUAGUCCUCGCGGUGCGGCGAGCAGAACGGGAUUGGCACCGUCUACUCCGGGAAGGACUCCGGCAAAGAGGAGACUGGAGCUGGAAGAAAGUGAUCACCAGUACCUGGCUACUGACAUUUGCACUCCAAAGGGAAAAGGAAGGGUUACAAUGAGAAGCCCAAAUAGUCCAAAAACUCCCAGGUCUCCAUCAGAGAAAACUCGCUACAAUACAUCACUGGUUCCGCUCACAAAGAAUGUUGUUCAGCUCUUGAGCCAGUCUUCUGAUGGAGUGUUGGACUUAAAUCGAGCAGCAGAGGUCUUAAAUGUGCCAAAGCGAAGGAUUUAUGACAUCACAAAUGUGUUGGAGGGUAUUCAUCUCAUUGAGAAGAAAUCAAAAAACAAUGUUCAAUGGAUGGGUUGCAGCCUGAUGGACAAUGAUGGUAUGCUGAAGCGAUGCCAGGGUCUGAACCGGGAGGUGGCUGAGCUUAACCUGAAGGAGAAGAGGUUGGAUGACUUGAUCCAGAGCUGUGCCUUGGACCUCAAAAAGCUAACAGAAGACUCAGAAAACCAAAGGUUAAAUUAUGUGACUUAUCAGGACAUCAGAAAGAUCCAGAGUUUCAAAGGCCAAGUGGUAAUAGCUGUGAAAGCUCCUCCUGAAACCAGGUUGGAAGUAUCUGAUCCUUAUGAUAAUUUCCAGAUACAUUUAUUAAGCUCUAAAGGCCCUAUUGAGGUUUAUUUAUGUCCAGAGGACGCUGGAACAUCUAAUAGUCCAUUGAAAUCUGCCAGUCAAGAGCAUUCUAGGAGUAUUUCCCAGUCACAUGUCUGUGAUUUUGAUAUUUCAAACAGUCAGCAUGGUGACAGUUCGGGUUUACACUUUUCACCUUUAACGUCAUUGAACAAUAUUCUGCAACAAACUGAAGAUCAGAUUUCAUUGCCAAUGGAAGAAGAAGGACUGUUUGUCAAUCUGUCUCCAUCAGCUGCACAGGAAGAGUACCUAUUGAGCAUUGGUGAUAAAGCAGGAAUCAAUGAUCUGUUUGACUGUGAUGUUGAUGGGCUUUUCCCAUUGGAAGAUUUUUGUAUGACCAAUUAAGUAUUUUCUUUUUGAAGUAUUGAAUAACUGCUACCAGUGAUGGACCUAGAAACAGAAUGUAAGUUUGGUAGCUGGUGAGUGAUAAAGGGAAAUAUGUACCAGUUACAGGAAUAGUAAUAGAAGUUUUUGCCAGUAAAACCACAGCCAGUUGUAAUGACCUUAAUCUCUACUGGUUGUCAGCAACUGAGGUGAUAUUUGCUGGUAUUUCAAAUUAUGUAUUCGCAUGAAAUGAAAUGUCACUAUUGAUUACCAUACACAUCUAAUAAUGGAGUUCUUGUGUUGGCUUUUGGCAUGUAUGAUGCAAAAAUUCAUGCUCACAUUAUUUCAAGACCUUGUAACCUUUCUGACGAGUCUUCCAAGGUGAAUUUAUCAGCUGUGAAAAUGUUCUUGACGGUCUGAGACGUGUGAUAGGUUCGCCUUUGGUCUUUCCUGAAAGAACAUGCUGUAGCUAUAUUGACAGUCGUUUGUGUGAUCUGUGGUUAAGUUGAAGGUGGCAAUUUCAGUACAUGUUGAUUUGUUUAGUUAUCAUUGCUGAGCAAAUAGAGGAAAGUGCAAAUUAAAGUUCAAAAACAAUUGUAGAUAUGAUUUCUUGUUUACAAUUAAGACUGAAUUUUGGUUUGAUUUUUAGAAGUAGUCUUGGCAGCAACUGCCAAGUUAAUGAGUGCAGCUGGGUUUUUCCAUGCAUUUUCCUUUCUUCCAUUGCAUGUCAUGAAUGAAACUAGAUCGAAAGUUAAUUCGAGCUGCUGCUUCCUAAUUUUGGGACAGUGCUUGGUUUGUUGCCGGCAUUUGGCUUGUGGAGGAUUACUUAACAUUUGUGUUAUUGUAUCUCAGAUGAUGUGAGGGAUACUACUCUAAAACAAUGCCCUAUUAAUUUUAAUGCAAAGGAUUAUCUAGUACACUUUGUAUUUCAUAAUGCUUUGCUAUUGUAUACUUGGAUUCAUUUGGACUGGAUAUGUGGUUGAUAUGUAUUAAAUGUCAGCACAACAUUGUGCAUUAAGUUCUGUAAUUAGCACUAGCUUUCGUUGAACAUGAACAUGCAGCCUAAUACUUCCCUGAAAAUGUUUUGAGAAACUUUUAUGUGGAAUUGUUCCAAGCAAUGGUAGUUGAAAAAGCUACAUCUCCUCUUAGUUCUAUAAUUCUUAUUAAAGAACAAAACAUCGAAAGUAAUGGGGUAUGUAAGUGACAAGUGGUGAUAGUGAAUGGAAGCGAACUCAGUCACUUGCUUAUUGAGUACACUAUCUGGUAUAGAAAUAUGCCAUCAAGACCAAUUGUGCUUCAGUUGAUGUCACUAGAGCAGCAACUCCCUUAACUAGGAAAGAGAUAAAUUGAGUGGAAAUCAGUCUACUGAUAACCAGCCAAUAACUGUUGAUACAAUAUGUUGGGGGUGUGUGUAUGUAUGUAUGUAUAUAUAUAUUUAUUUAUUCACAUACACACAAGUGCAGGAUUGAAAUCCAUUUUGGUGCCUCUUUGUGGUCGAACGAGUUCAAGUAAUUGUUUUGUAAUAGUGAGUUGAAUAAGAUACUGAGUUUGACUAACUUCAUUGCAACAGUUAGCUUUAGUAUGAGUGUCUUCAGGUAAGAAGAACUUAUAGUCACAACAUCUGAGAAUGUUUGUGAUGCUCCUUGAGAAGUUCUGCUUAUCAUCUUUGUCAGCUUAUAAUAGAGGUUGAUGCAAUGAAUCAGUAAUGUGUUCCUUUUAUCUUAAGAUAUUAUCUUAAUUGCAUCCACUCUGCUGCAAGAAUCCUUUAUUACUAGUUUGUGGAUUCUCUCUUCUGAUCACUAUCCAACAUUAUCUUAAAUUAAGCCCUUAAUUUGACCCCUGACCUUGAAGGUGACUUUUUCCAAGAAGUUUGGUAUCCAGUUUUGGAAAUUAAUCUUGAAGUUAUGGAAAUCUUGUAGAAUUGGUUGCAUCGUGUCAAUGUGAUAGUUGUUCAGUGAACAAGCCUCACUUAAGUUUGUUCCAUGUGACCUUUGUCUGUGUGUAUUAUCUCCAUGAACUGGCAUUUUCUUUCCAAUUCCUUACAUGGCUAAAUGUUAAAAAUGGACCAACUUCAGGGUGGAUCAAUCAAACGGUUAAGAAUAAAGAUAUUAAUACAACCAAAGUUAAUCUAAUUUUUAAAAAAACAUUAUGGUUGUUAGUGUGAUAGGCUCAAGUUGUUGUUGACUCGAAAGCUACAGGUUAACACAAUGAUUCAAGAAUAGUGUGACAUCACUGACAAUGCAGAAUGGAAGCAUUCUUGAGUUUUUUUGAGCAUUUGUCAAAUUGAUUUUACAGAUUCUUACAGAUGAAACCACUCAAUGUUUAUGUACUCCAAUAAACUCCAACUGAAUGGACAGUGAAUAGAUGGAUUGUUCUCUUAUGACUAUUUGGCUUCAUACACUAAACAUCAGGCCCUCCUUCCCUGCCUAACUAUUUCAAAUGAAUAAUUAUUUUCUAUUCACCUCACCAUGUUAAUCCAGGCAUACUUUUUGUCGUCCAGUUGAAGUGCACAAACUGGUUGUUUUUACUGAGUAGCACAUAUGCAACCUUAAUCUUCCAAUCAUUUGAAUUCUUCCCAUGUCAUCAAACUCACUCCCUGACCGGGUCUCAUUGAUCAUUUUGCUGAGACUUCAGACCACACUGGCUCAACAAUUGCCAGAGGUUCAGUUGUGAAGAUACUUUCAGAUUAUAUUUAUUUCAUUCCAUUGCUGUUCAUGCUUUAUGGGAAGCAACUGGUUGUUUGUAAACUCAGUGCAGCAGCUGUGAGCAGUCUUAUCUCAGACCUUUCGAAUAUGUUUAAUACAAACAAAAUCUGCUGUGUCGCUCUGCCACAAUGACCAGCAAUAGUGGAGUUCUGCACAUUUGGUACAUCUUUGCUGUCAUUGUAUCUUGUAAGACAAUGCAGUUGGGUGUAAGGUGCCAGUUUUGGCUUAUCUAUUCUUUAGAUUGUAAACAAGAGGUGUACUUACACAUCUACUUCAAUAAGCCUCAAACAUUACAUUUUUCUAGAAAAUAAAAUUUUGGUAUAACAUAAAGCUAGACUUUUAAAUAGAAGUGUCCAGAUCCUUGGGUAUUGUUGGUGUAUUUCUCAGUUGGUUGCCACUCUUGAAGUUGUCUUAUUUAUCAUCUGCAUAAAUGUGUACUGAAAGAUCAAAGUCUGUGCCUAGAACUGUGUAAAGGAAUUGAUAAAUACACAUGGUACUAUUCAGCACUGUGCUGGCUCUUCAUAAUAAAUUAUGAAAAAAAAUCUAUAAUCUAUUCAGAGACUUUGCAACCUUUGACUGUGUUCAUUGUUCAGGCUUUUUUUAUAACAUUGUUAUGCAACAAUGCAUUUUUUGGCUUUGCCAAACUUAAAGGGACACUAUCAUCAAACUUUGUAAAGACUUGUAAAGGUUUUAUCACCCGCAUUUGUAACUAGCUGUUUUUAAAUGAUAUACUAUUUAACCCAAGAGCUGGAUGCCUGUUCUAAAAAAAAAUGUACAUAGUGUAUAUGAAAUGUGUGCAAAGCACAUUAAACCUACUAAGUGCCAGCAUAAUUCUGAAUUUUGAUGGUACUUCAGAAAUGGUAAAAUUUGUGGGAAAGCUUCCCUUGAAUUUAUAAUGUUUAAACUGGAGUGUAAAUAAAAUAUGAAUUUAAAUGUUUACCUUUCUGUAUUUAGUCUUGGAUUAACCAUUUCCUAUCCCUUCAUUACCCUGAUCUGAUGUAAGCUCAGUAAUUGGAGACAUUUAGAUCAUGCACAUUGACAGGAGUAUGAAUUCCACGAAGCCACAGCAAUUCAACGACUUACUGCCCACAUGAGGAUGUCUUAUUUGUGUUUCUUAAUUGCAAGA